UGUCGCUGGUUUAUCUGAUUCACAAGUACCAUCCAGCCCAUUUUGCAGACGGUUUUAACGACUAAUUAACAUCCUGAUAUGGCACUUAGAUAUAUUUGUAUUUGGAUAACAGCCGUUUUGGGUGCUGUGGAAUGUUUUAACAUUUACACCAAACCCCUACACACUCUCCGAAGAGAUGAGCGCACACUGUUUGGACAAACAGUCCUUCAGUAUGGUGAUGGUAUAUUGGUUACCGCUCCAUUGGACUCCAAUGACAGAAAGCAGUAUGGAAAGCUGUACAGGUGUGAUUUAAAAUCAGACGCCUGUAACAACGUGAAGCUGGGAGACAGCAAGAAGGGCUACAUUCGACCGAUCCUUUCAGCAGCUAAGAGUUCGGGGGGACUGAAGUUCAUGAUCUGUCAGCAGUACAGAACACAUAAAGGGAUCAACGAGGAUUUGAAUGGAGUCUGCUCUUCUUUCCAGUCCACUAACUUUCAAAAACCUCAAACAUUUGCUCCUGCGCCACUGGUUGUAGAGUGGAUGAAGAGAAAUUAUACUAACAGCAAAGGCAACAACAACAACAACAACAACAACAACAACAACAACAACAUCUACAAAGUGGAGUCAGCUGCAGGGUUCAACAGUCCAACGGGCACAAACAGUAAUAGCAAUAACAACAAUGCUGAAGAUUUGUAUCCUGAUGAAGAGGAAGAUGCUGGGACAGAAAUUGCUUUUGUUCUGGAUGGAUCUGGGAGUAUCGAUGUAAACGAUUUUCAGAGGGCAAAGGACUUUAUCUCAAAUAUGACGAAAAAUAUAUGGGAAGAUUGUUUUAGUUGUGGAUUUGCCAUUGUACAAUAUGGAGAAGAGAUACAAACUGAACUUACCCUGAAUGAAAACAAUGACACCAAGUCUGUACUAAAGAAAAUUCAGGAUAUAAAGCAACUUGGAAAGAUCACAAAAACUGCAUCAGCUAUCCAGCAUGUGCUUGAUAACAUUUUCAUUGAGGAACAGGGAUCACAAAAGAAUGCAAGGAAGGUUAUUAUUGUAAUCACUGAUGGAGACAUAUUUAGGGAUCCGCUGAAGAUAGAAGACGUCAUGAAUUCACCUAAAAUGACAAACGUGACUCGCUUUGCUAUAGGGGUCGGGAAGGAAUUUGAAGGGCCAAAAUCCAAAUUGUUGCUGCAAAAGAUUGCUUCUGAACCAUUUGACAAACACGUAUAUAAAGUGGAUAACUAUGCUGCUUUGGAUGGUCUGCUGGCAAUGCUGGAAAAAAGCAUCACAGGGAUAGAAGGGACACAAAAGGGAACUGCUUUCCUGUUUGAGAUGGCACAAGCUGGCUUCAGUGCUCAGUUUACAGAUUAUGGAACCGUUCUGCUGGGCGCUGUGGGAGCCUAUGACUGGAGUGGCGGAUUAAUCUUAAAAAGUCAAACUGAUGACAGCGUGAGGUUUCUGAAUGAGUCAUCAGCAACAACAGCCAAAUACUCAUACUUAGGCUACAGUGUAGUUGCUGUGAAGGGAACAAGUGGCAAUCUGUUUGUGUCCGGAGCCCCUCGCCACAGCCUCACAGGGAGGGUGCUGGUGUUCGAUGGUGACACGUAUGAAAUGAGGCAAAGUCUAUCCGGGACCCAGGUUGGUUCCUAUUUUGGCUCAGUGUUGUGUGCUCUUGAUGUGGAUCGGAAUGGCAUAACCGACUUCCUUCUGGUCGGAGCUCCAUUCUUUCAUAUACGCGGAGAGGAAGGGAAGGUUUAUGUGUACAAACUUAACAAUCAUAGAGAUUUGUUUGAAGAGCCAGUGCUGCUACAGGGAAUGGAGGGCUAUGAUUUCGCAAGGUUCGGCAUUGCCAUCAGCAACAUAGGCGACAUUGAUGGCAAUGGAUACAAUGACAUUGCAAUAGGAGCACCCCUUGAAGUGGACUCCCCUGGAUCCUCUGGCAGUGUCUACAUUUAUAAUGGCUUCAGCGAUGGCAUUAGUGUGAAGCACUCCCAGAGAAUUGCGGCUGUUGAUUUCACUGUAGGACUCAAGUAUUUUGGCCAGUCGGUUGAUGGAAUGACAGACCUCAAUAAUGAUGGAAGGAUUGAUAUCACAGUGGGGAGCCUCGGGACGGUCACGGUGUUUCAAUCUUUGGGUGUCAUUGAUAUCACUCCUGUUGUGAAAUUUGAUCCUGAAAGGAUUCCCUUGUCUUAUCAAAGUAGCCUGAACAAACCAAGCGACCCAGCAAACACAGUCCUGUUAAAUAUAUGCUUUCAAACCAAAUUAAACUGGAAAACCUUUGGAUCAACUGGACUGGCUAUUGAAUACAAUGUGUACGUGGACACUGAGAAAGAGAGUAAACGGAUGAAGCUGGCUGACAGAGAGUCACCCACCACAACUUUUAACAUUACAGAGAAGGCAGAGUGUGUACACCCACUCAAAGUGCAGUUCUUGGGCUGCCACGAUGACUGCUUUUCGCCUGUAGCGGUCAAGGUUAAUUUCGCUCUCCAGAACAGCUCUGCUGAGCCCUCGCAUGGAAUUCUCAAUGCUUUCAGUGACAAUGAAAAGACCACACAGCUUCAUUUUGAAAAAAGCUGUGCAAAGGAUGUGAAAUGCAUUCCUAAUUUGUCCUUAUCAACAAACAUGACAAAUGAUCUCACACUGAUUGUCGGUGGCAAUGAGGAGAUGGUUAUAGCUUUUAAUUUGCUGAACUCAGGGGAAGACUCCUAUAUGACAGCUAUGGAACUGAUAUAUCCCAGCAUUCUGCAUUACAAGAAGAUCGCUUUGUUUCAGGAAAAUACAGGUACUUCCUGUGAAGAUCCUGACUCAUUAGCACCUUCGUUAACGAGAUUACAUUGCAAAAUAGGAUUCCCGGUUUUCAGAAAACAGUCACAUACAAACUUCACCAUCUCUUGGCAGUUAGAUUCUAUGAAAUCUGAGACGAAUGUAGCACUGAUCAAUAUCAGUGUUAGCUGUAAAAAUGAUGGCCUGAAACUUCUUGUGCAAGAACACCACAGGAUUUCUGUGAAACAUUCCCUGAAAAUGAGUCUCACAGGGGAGGCCAGCCCCUUGUUUAUGAAUAUAACUGAAGAUAUGAAAAGUGGUAUAUACCCCCUGAAAUACUUAUUUAAGAUCAAUGGAGAAAACCAUUUUGGCGCUGAAGUUAAAGUAAACAUAUCAAUUCCUUUGAAAAGACCAGGAGGUGGAAAAUUAACCGUCACGAAGUUCAGUUUCACAAAGAAAAGCACACAUUGUACCUCACCUCCAGUCUCGCCAGCAGGCGUGCAUGCUAUUGAUUGCACUGUUAGAGACGAAGAGGAGGACAUUGUUGUUGGGGCUGAACUCCUUAUUGACGUUGAAAAGAUAACUGUGGAUAAGAUAAAGGCUACAGCUGUUCUUGGUUUUGAUAAAGAUUGGUAUGUCUCAGAAGAAACUGAUCAACACAGCAAAGAGGUGUCUGUCACUAUUGAGAAGAUGACGGUGCAUCAACCCAUGGCCUUGAUUAUUGGGAGCUCCGUUGGAGGAUUUGUGAUUCUGGGAAUUUUGGUUUUAAUCCUGUGUAAAUGUGGCUUUUUCAAGAGAGGUUACAAGCAGAAACUUGAAGAGAAAGAUGCUCAGCAGGACUAGCUCUCCACAGAAAAACGACAGAGAGAACGGAAGCCUUGUCCUAAGUGUUUAUCACUGUCAUGAUAAGGGUUACGAAGCCGAGGUUCUCAACAGAUACAAACCCUGUUCAGUAAAGUUUGUACCGGCAUGUUCACAGAACAUGUGUAUCCUGCUACAGAGUGUAUCACAAUAUCCAUUCGAUUGGUUUCUCUUAAAAUGAUGCACUUGGUUUCUAAAGUUAGUUCAGAUGAGCCUAGUGCCUGCUCCCUUGCAUUACUGUCAGCUGCUUAUAGUUGUUUUAAUACUAUAUUUUAUUUCCUACUUUUUUUUCUAUAAUCCUGACACUUUGCACAUAUGAAGCAUAUUAUUAUGGUUGAGUGUGAAAAUGUUUGUAGGAUACAUAUUCUUUGAAUUGAUUUUAAAUAUUGUUAAGGUUAAAUAUUGUUAUUAUACAAAUAAUUUAUGUAUAUUUUGAUAUUUGUGUUAAAUUACUUGGUUUUGUGCGCACGAUAUGGGUCCCAGUCCAUAGUACAAUAUUUAACCCAUUAAGUGCAAUUAUUAGGGGGCUGUGUGGUCCAGUGGUUAAAGAAACAGGCUUGUAAUCAGGA